GCACUACACUGAGACCAUAUUAUAUAAUAUAUGCAUUUUCGGUAAGUUUGAAAGAUCAAUAUUCCUCAACCAUUAUUAUAUUGAAAGAAUGAUGGCAUCCCAAACUAUUAAAGAAAAAUUUGUGGAGUUAAAAAAUUCAAAGCAAACACCCCGAAAUGCACGACCAAAGAUACAAAGGGUGGCCGAUCAUCUCAGAAAUAAAAAAGAUUUUGGGAAGUAUUACUCACCCAAGUUUGUGUCAAUAGGUCCUAUCCAUCAUGGCAGUACAAAUCUGAACAUAGGAGAGAAGUACAAGCUUGUGUGGGCAUCAAAAUACAUAGAAAACAUUGGACUUAUUCCAGAGGAACUACACAAAAAGAUUGCUGAUAACAUUGAUGAACUGAAGGGUCGUUUUAGCGACGAUGUUUUAAAUUUAACGGGAAACUCUCUUCAAGGCUUUGGAUGCCUUGAAGAAAAGCUGUCGUGGAUGUUGUUCGUGGAUGGAUGCUCUUUGCUUUAUAUCUUGGAGAAAGUUACGUUGUUUAAUGACCCAAGGCCUAUGGAUAUUAAGCUUGAUCAACUGGUUCUUGUGAUGAUGGAUGUGCUUUUGUUGGAGAAUCAACUUCCUUAUGAAGUACUCAAGCUAUUGUGGAAAGAUAACAAUGAGAAUGAAUUGAUAAAAUGCAUGACGAGUUUUCCCAACUAUCUUGAGAUCUUACCAGAUGAGGAUGAGUCACAGUCAGAGAAGGAGAAGGAAGGAGAAGGAGAACAUAGUGUAUUAAUACCAGACGAGUUGCAAUCAGAGAUGGAGGAGGAAGGAGAAGGAGAACAUAGUGUAUCAAUACCAGACGAGUUGCAAUCAGAGAUGGAGGAGGAAGGAGAAGGAGAACAUAGUGUAUUAAUACCAGACGAGUUGCAAUCAGAGAUCGAGGAGGAAGGAGAAGGAGAACAUAGUGUAUCAAUACCAGACGAGUUGCAAUCAGAGAUGGAGGAGGAAGGAGAAGGAGAACAUAGUGUAUUAGUACCAGACGAGUUGCAAUCAGAGAUGGAGGAGGAAGGAGAAGGAGAACAUAGUGUAUCAAUACCAGACGAGUUGCAAUCAGAGAUGGAGGAGGAAGGAGAAGGAGAACAUAGUGUAUCAAUACCAGACGAGUUGCAAUCAGAGAUGGAGGAGGAAGGAGAAGGAGAACAUAGUGUAUCAAUACCAGACGAGUUGCAAUCAGAGAUGGAGGAGGAAGGAGAAGGAGAACAUAGUGUAUCAAUACCAGACGAGUUGCAAUCAGAGAUGGAGGAGGAAGGAGAAGGAGAACAUAGUGUAUUAAUACCAGACGAGUUGCAAUCAGAGAUGGAGGAGGAAGGAGAAGGAGAACAUAGUGUAUCAAUACCAGACGAGUUGCAAUCAGAGAUGGAGGAGGAAGGAGAAGGAGAACAUAGUGUAUCAAUACCAGACGAGUUGCAAUCAGAGAUGGAGGAGGAAGGAGAAGGAGAACAUAGUGUAUCAAUACCAGACGAGUUGCAAUCAGAGAUGGAGGAGGAAGGAGAAGGAGAACAUAGUGUAUCAAUACCAGACGAGUUGCAAUCAGAGAUGGAGGAGGAAGGAGAAGGAGAACAUAGUGUAUUAAUACCAGACGAGUUGCAAUCAGAGAUCGAGGAGGAAGGAGAAGGAGAACAUAGUGUAUCAAUACCAGACGAGUUGCAAUCAGAGAUCGAGGAGGAAGGAGAAGGAGAACAUAGUGCAUGAGUUGCAAUCAG